UCUGUCCCCAUCCAGGGUGAAGACAGGCUGGCAGCCUCAGAGGAGGACAGCAUCCCGCUGAUAGCCAUCCACCCUUGUGAGGGGAGUCUCACCUGCACCAGGGCAGGGCCCUCCAUGCUCCACCUCCCCUGCCCGCCUUGGGCUCAGGAACCAGCCAUCCCUCACACGCCCUGUCCCCUGCUGAACCACCCUGGCCCUGCUGCUGGACCCCAGCACCCCUCCUCCCUCCAGACCAAGGCCACUGAGCCCUGGGACUAUGUCUUUGUGGCCAGCCGUGACCAGAGCUCAGAGCAGUGCAGCCGGCAGCAGCAGUUCCUGGAGGAGCUGAAGAGAAAGGGCUUCCGUUACAAGGUGGGCUGCCUGAGGGACCAGCAUAAGAAGUACUUUGGGAUUCUAGCCGAGAAUGAGAUCUUUCUACCAUACUGCAAACUUCUCAUGGAGCCCGAGGGUCCUGUACCCAGAUCCCUUCCAGCUGAGAAGGAUCCCACUCUAGAUACCACACGAAUCCGCAUCAUCCACACCUUCAUCCAGAACAACAAGACGGCAGACGGGGAGACCUUCGAUGACUUGAAGAAGGACCAGGUCUUUGAGACUGGGUUUUUCCUGCACACGAAGGAGGAAAAACUGAAGAAAUGGGCCCAGUGGAGAAAUGUGUUUUGCGAGCAGCCGAUUGAUGCCAUCAGGAACUACUUUGGCGAGAAGGUAGCACUGUACUUCGCCUGGCUUGGCUGGUACACCUACAUGCUGGUGCCUGCCGCUGUGGCCGGCCUCAUCCUCUUCCUGACUGGCUUAGCGCUCUUUGAUGCCAGCCAGAUCAGCAAGGAGAUCUGUGAAGCCCAUGACAUCUUCAUGUGUCCUCGUGGGGACCAUCACCAGGGGAACCAUCGACUCUCAGACACCUGUACUUUUGCCAAGCUCACCCACCUCUUUGACAACGAGGGCACGGUGCUAUUUGCCAUCUUCAUGGCUCUGUGGGCCACGGUGUUCCUGGAGGUCUGGAAGCGGCAGCGUGCACGUGUGGUCCAGGACUGGCACCUGUACGGCUGGGAUGAGGAUGAGGAGGAGAUGAUGCUGGAGCUGAUUAAUUGUCCCCAGUACCAGCCCAAGCGGUAUGAGCACUCAUACCUGCGCAGCACCGUCAUCCUCGUCCUGUCUCUGCUCAUGAUCUGCCUCAUGAUUGGCAUGGCGCACGUCCUGGUCAUCUACCGUGUCCUGGUUGCUGCCCUGUUCAGCCAUUGGGCCUCGCCCUCCCUGAAGGAGCAGGUGACCACGGCUGUGGUGGUCUCCGGGGCCCUCGUGCACUACGUGACCAUCGUGAUCAUGACCAAGGUCAACAGAUACGUGGCACUGAAGCUUUGUGACUACGAGAAGCCCAGGACCUUCUCGGAGCGAGAGAGCAAGUUCACUGUCAAGUUCUUCACCCUCCAGUUUUUUGCCCAUUUCUCUUCCCUCAUCUACAUUGCCUUCAUCCUGGGCAGGAUCAACGGCCACCCUGGGAAGUCUGUGCGCCUUGCGGGUUUGUGGAAGCUGGAGGAGUGCCAUCUCAGCGGCUGUAUGAUGGACCUAUUUGUGCAGAUGGCCAUUAUCAUGGGUCUGAAACAAACGCUCAGCAACUGUGUGGAGUACCUGGGCCCGUGGCUGUGUAACAAGUGUCGCAGGUGCCAGCAUGGCAGAGUGUCCCAGGACCCUGAGCUGAGGGACUGGCAGCACAACUACCUCCUGGGCACUGUCAACGUCUUCAGCCUGUUUGAUGAAUUCAUGGAAAUGAUGAUGCAGUAUGGCUUCACCACCAUCUUCGUGGCCGCCUUCCCACUUGCCCCGCUGCUCGCACUCUUUAGUAACCUUGUGGAGAUCCGCCUGGACGCGAUCAAGAUGACCUGGCUACAGCAGCGCCUUGUGCCACGCAAGGCCAAGGACAUUGGGACUUGGCUGCAGGUACUUGAGACCAUUGGUGUGCUGGCAGUCAUUGGCAAUGGGCUGGUCAUCGCUUUCACAUCGGAGUUUAUCCCCCGAGUGGUCUACAAGUACCGCUAUGGCCCGUGCCGGCAGGGAGCCCACCCUGCAGUCGACUGCCUCACCGGCUACGUCAACCACAGCCUGUCCGUGUUCUACAUCAAGGACUUCGAGGACCCUCUGCAGAAAGAGGGCUGGGAGACAGUGACCGAGUGCAGGUACCGGGACUACCGCAAUGCCCAAGACUACAACCUCUCAGAGCAGUUCUGGUUCCUCCUGGCCAUCCGCCUGGCCUUCCUCAUCCUCUUUGAGCAUGUGGCCUUGUGCAUCAAGCUCAUUGCUGCCUGGUUUGUGCCUGAUGUCCCUCGGAAAGUGAACAAUGAUGUUCUGAGUAACAAGUUCGGGAGGGUCCAGAAGAAGAUGAAGUACGAGAGGCAGAAGCUGCAGAGGCCUGGGGGGAGGCCUGCCAGCCCUGACUCCCACAGUCCCCCCACAGCCUCCAGUUCCAAGAGCACUGCCGUGUAGGGGACCCCGACUGGUUUGCAAGAAGCCGGUGCCCAGGAGCUGAGACUCAGAGCUCCAGCCCUAGGCUGUGUGUGUGCAUGGCGGGGGCGGGGGCGGGGCUGUGAGAAGGCCUGUGCACCUGGGGGGUCCUGGGAGACCCGAGUGUAUUUUGGGGACUCUGUGAGUCCGGGUGGCCUGUUCCAUGUGUUAGAGCUCAGGCUGGGUGCAGUCCUGGCUUGAACG